GCGCUUCCUAGGGUUUGCUCCACCUCUCUCUGCUCUCCUCCGCUCCGCUCCCCUCGCCUCGCUCUGCCUGCUCCAGCCUGCACCUCUUACCUUCAGGUUAUCCUGUUGUCUCGUUCUUUGCCUUUUUAGUAGUGUCGCCAGCACUGUGCGACGCGGUCCUUGGCCUACGACUUGUUAACACUAACAAAAUAGGCCGAUUAACGCCGCCCAUCGAUGGCCACACAUCCAGGGGCUGUCAUGGCUGCAGCGGCACAUGAAGAUCACCAAAACCAGCAGAAUAUUGCAGCCGCAGCGGCAGCAGCGGCAGCGGCGGCAGCAGCCGGUUCCGCAAUGCCAGGCGGGCACACAGAAUACAUUACUAUACCGCAUGUCUCCGUCGACCUCGGUUCAGCCGCUCUCGCUGCCCAACACGUUGCUUAUCCUUAUGCGACAACGGACCCGUAUUAUGGAAACAUAGUCACCUUCGGCUCUCAGGCUUUGAUGGCACCGCAUUUGCUAGGGAUGCAGCAGCAAGCGCGCAUGGCACUGCCGUCUGAGAUCGUGGAGGAGGAGCCUGUGUACGUCAACGCCAAGCAAUAUCAUGGCAUUCUGCGCCGCCGUCAGGCGCGUGCUAAAGCAGAGGCGGAGAAUAGACUCGUUAAAGCGCGCAAGCCUUAUCUUCACGAGUCACGGCACCAGCAUGCAUUGAGGCGCGCACGUGGCUGCGGUGGUCGCUUCCUGAACACGAAACAGCUGGAAGAACUGGCGAGGAAAGAGAAUGGCGAGUCAGGCGACGAUCAGAACUCGGCUGGGAAAGACGAGGGCAAGAAAAAACCGAAACGCUCUAGACGCCCACCUGCUUCAUCACAGAAACGCGUAUCUGUGCCGCAAGCAAACGACAGUGGAAACGACAAGCAAGAUGUGUCAGGAAGCAGCGACGAUAUAAGCGAUUCUCCUGGAACGGGAACGAGCAACGAGGAACUUUCUCGGCCUUCUGGUACUGCUGCCGGAGGUGUCAACAGCAGUGGUUACCAGCUCUUGGACAGCAGUGCUGCCAGUGCAGCAGCAAAUGCGUCUGCAACGGGAGGGAACACUGCCACUGAUGCUGCAGGCAUGGCUGCUCAAGACGCAGCAGCACAGCAGUUUAUGAUGAACAGCCUGCAGCAGCACCAGCAGCAGAUUCAACUGCAGCAGCAGCAGCAGCAAGCAGCCCAGCAGCAGCAAGCAGCUCAGCAGCAACAACAGCAGUCACAGCAGCAACAGCAGCAGCAGCAGCAGCUGGCCGGAUUUGACCUAGGCUUUGCAGGAGCAAUGGGCUUCUAUCCCUUUGGUGGUGUUGGCAACUUUCCUGGUGCAUCGGUGACGUCUGCUCAAGCAUUUCAGCAGCAUACGGGUCAGCAGCAUGCGUUCCACCCAACUGGAGCUCCUGCUGCCUUCCAUCAUGUAUCGGCAUUCCACCCGAUCAAUGCAGGCACCGAUGCCGCCACUGCCGCUGCAGCCGCAGCUGCACGGAGUGCUGCUGCUGCUGCGACGUACCCUGGAGUUCAUACAGAUGGCAAGUCGUGAAGUCGUUUGGCUGGCUGAUGAGCCCAUAAGGAGUUCUGAUGCUGCUGUGGUAGUGAUUGUAACAAUAAUGGGAAGCCUUCGUGUUGCCACUGCAAAUGGGUGGAUCAGCACGAGAAAAGGGUGGGAUGCAUGACAGGUAGAGGGACCAUCGGGCAUGGUUGCUGUGUGUGGGAGUCCGAGUGAAGCUGGGUUGGGUCCUUAUUGGUGCUGCUGAAGCUGGGGCCAUUAUGCAGCUGUCACCUGACUGAGGCCUGUGCAUUGUGCUCUCUCUUCCCCCCUCCCCUCUCUGCUCGCUAUGCUUAUCUAGUGCUUUGGCUGUGGCUAAGCCGUCCUGAAGGUAAUUGGGAUUUUAUGUUUGUAUUUGUGUGGGUUGGGUUGGGUUCACAUUAGGGAUGCUGUAUUCAUGGCCUGCUGAGCUGCUUGAUAUUGAAGCAGCGGAUGGGUGGAGUGCUGGUAGCACCAGCAUAUCCUUCCCCUUUGUGCAUAAACGGCAUUGCCCCUAUUUCUUGAUAAGGCGUUGUGCUUGCUUGCGCUGUGGGUAUAUAGCCUAUGCAAUUUCAUGUAAGGACCUGAUAAUU